AAAAGAUUCAUGUGAACUCUCUAUGAGUGAAAAAUGAAAAAAUGAAAAGUGAAAAGUGAAACGUGAAAAGUUCCACGUAAAAUUACAUGAUUGACCCCCAGGUCUGCUUAGGUCUGCUCUGAAAUAGACCCAGGACAGGACAGACAAAACGAACAAAUCUAUUCCCUCUCCAUGUCUAUAUAUUCAAAGACCCGAAUACAUCCAUGUAGAUGCUCCUUUAAUAUGAUAUUUCUGAACACAGUUUAGAAGUUUACCAGGUGAUUUCAUUCAUCUCGAAUGACCAUCCAUUUAUCUUGAAGAAAGUGAAAAGAAGAUAUAAUUAGAACAGCAUGACUGACGCUGGCCAAUGUAAAAUCGGUCAGAGUUAUCGUUUUAAAUGGAACAAUUAUCAAAAUCAUCUAUCCGACGUCGUACGACAGCUCUUGGAGGAGGACUGCAUGGUGGAUGUCACUCUGUCUGUAGCUGGUCUACGUAUUCAUGCGCAUCGCAUUGUAUUAUGCGCAUGUAGCAUUUUGUUUCAAGAAGUGCUCAGUCAAGUGACAGAAGAUUAUCCAACGAUUAUUCUAAGCGAUAUAUCUCCUCAAGAUAUAAAAUCUAUUAUCGAAUUCGUAUAUCAUGGUGAAAUCCGUGUUCCUGUCGAAAAUAUUAAUAGUUUACUCGAAGCUGCACGAUCAUUAAAAAUAAGCGGUCUUAUCGACAUAGAUGGAGUUGGGGAAAACGAAAUUGUUAGAAGCAAAAAUUCUGUUGAAGAGGCUGGGACAGAAGCAGGAGAAAUUGAGAACAAUGUUGAACAAUCUUUGGAGAAUGACUCGCAUGAACAAAAUACGGUUGAAAAUUGUAUUUCAAAUAAAAAAAAAAAACGUCGACGCGAGACUGUUAAAAGAGAUUACAAUGAUGACAUGUUGGCAUCCGCAAUUAACGACUUGAAAUUAGGACAGACUUUAAUAGAAGCUGCCACUAAGCAUAAUAUACCACGCUCGACGUUGUAUAUGCGGGCGAAAGCAUUAGGCAUACAUUUAAACGCAUCGAGGAAUGGAUAUCCCACAGAAUGCAUGAAUGCAGCUAUAAAUGCCGUAAUCAAUGGUUCGAGCUUACAGCAUGCAUCGGAAAUAUUUAGAAUACCUAAAACUGUAUUAUGGAGGCGUAUACAAAAGGAAGGCUAUCAAACUAUUCGUCCUGAAAUGAAGAGGUCGUAUGCUUUAGACACUAGAGAGGCUGCUGUUAAAGCUUUAGAAAGAGGAGAAAAUUUAACAAAAGUUGCUCUGGAAUUUAAAAUACCAAAGACUACAUUGUUCAGAGAAAAAGCACGGCUAGUAGAUCAAGGUAAAUUGCCUUUAUCAUUUUGGAAAAAGCGUAAAACUGAAAAUGAGGAAUUAAAAAAAUCGCGAUUAGAAGAAGCUGUAGCUGCCUGUAAAGGUGGCAGAAUGUCACAGGCUGCAGCAUCUAUGACAUAUCAUAUUCCAAAAACUACGAUAUGGCGAAGACUUCAACAAGAUGGAAAAAAAACAGAAAAGUCAAAUGCGAAAAAACGAAUCACUGAAACAUCAGUACUACAUGACGCUCAGGUGAAAAUGCAAGAAACGUCUAAUUUCAAUUAUUGUGAGGUUGCAUCAGAAAUACCUAUAACUUAUAUAGAUGAGGAUAGUAUACCUGAGGAUUCUGUGAUAAUCUUAACAACAGAGGAAAUGGACGAAUUGAAUUUAGAAGGAGACAGACAAAUUAUUGUAAAUUCGGAAUCUGGACAGGAAUAUAUUCCGUGUACGAUAAGUAUCGAAAAUAAUUCAAACUAUUCGGAGCCUGAGAGUUAGCGUUAGAAAUAUAAAUAAUGAAAAAUUAAUUAUUUAAUAUAAGUACUAAUUAACAGCGUGACUGUACAAUUGUAAUUUAUGAUUAGCAAAGUGUAUCAUAUUAAUCUUUUGUGGAUAAGCGACUCUUUAUACUUUGUAAACUAUUCACUCAAUUUUUAUGAAAUUUGGCCUAUUAGGUAUUUUAAUAAACGUUUUAUUUGAACCUUGUAAA